AUGGAAACAGCAGAAGAGUCAAGACAAGUCACAGUCGAACAGGAAAGCCCCCAGAAGGAAGACACGCAGUGGACUACAGGGAGCUUCCACCUCAGUGAAGGGCAAGAAGACCAAGGAAAGAACAGUCUGAAUUCAGAUGAUUAUCAGAAUGAUCAAGAGAUGCGUCAAAGAUUACCCAAGGGCUACAAGAUGAUGUCAAAUAUGGGAUACAAAGUCGGUGAUGCACUUGGAUCCGCAGAACCUAGUGAUUACAACAGUGGAACCAGGUUAAAGAGACCACUCCAGCCGCAUGAUAAUGUACCAAAGGCCAAGAGGAGAAGCAAAAGUUCAAAUGGAAAGCAAGAUUUGGAAGAAGAGUAUCGUCAACUGAAUAGUAAUAGACAAGGUGAUAAGAGAAAGAUGGAUAUUUGGCGCCAUAUGCAAAAAAUAGCCUUCGAAAUGAGCGGUGAUGCAGAUGUGUGUCUCCCAGACUCAGACCCAAGAGAUUUCAAUAUCCUUUGGAGGCCCUACGUGAGGGAGAUAAAUCAUUGGGAAAGACCAGAACCCCUUGUGGAAGAACCUGCUGAUGACGAACCGAAUAAUGAUGAUGAAACCUCUUCAAAUGAUGAUAAUAUUAAUACUGAUACCAAUAAUAGUAAUGGUAAUAAUCAAGAGACUCAGGAUCGGAGCAUUGAAAUCGAGUCCAUGCCAGAGGACUGCAGUGAUUGUGAAGACGAAGAGUUGAACCUGCUUUAUGAGAUGGGAAUAGAUGAGAGAAUUAUCAAGUUGCACAUCUUUCUACGGUGUGAACUUUACUACUGUUACUACUGCGGGAUUCAAUUCGAAGAUGAAAGAGAUCUGCAUGCUAAUUGCCCAGGUCUCACAGAAGAAGAACAUUAG